AUGACUCAGAGGAAAUACAUACUAGAAUUGAUAUCAGAACGGGGCUUGGCAGGAGAAAAGCAUGUUAUGACACCUCCAGAACAACAUCGGAAAUUUGCUAUCACUGAAUAUGACAAAUAUUUGAAGAAGGAAGAUAAUGAUCCACAACUGGUGGACAAAAGUGCUUAUCAGAGAUUGGUAGGAAAAUUACUUUAUUUAGCAAUGACAAGACCAGCCAUCUCUUAUGCAGUACAAACCUUGAGUCAAUACAUGUAUGAUACAAAGCAAUCUCAUCUAGAAGGAGCACUUCAUGUAGUAAGGUACAUCAAAGGAAGAACUGAUUUAGGCAUUUUGCUGAGUAGUGACAAGAAUAAUACACUGAAGACCUUUUGUGACUCUGACUGGGCAUUUUGUGCAGCAAUAAAGAAAUCAGUGACAGGCUAUUAUGUAAAGUUCGGCAGGUCUUUGAUCUCCUGA